ACAUUAAGUAUUCUGAGGUCACGGUUUCUCAGAAUAACGUGCAUCUCAAAGGAAAACCUAAACGUAACCUCACCUGCUUUUGUUGCACCAAGAGUUGUCUUCUUCUGUCCUUUUGGCACCAAAAAUGGGAACAGAUGAGCCUCGGUAAGCACCCGCCGUUCCUGGCUUGAUGUUUCGUGACUCAGUCAGGAAGGCCUGUGACCUCCUGACUUGUUUUUCACAGUAAUGUAAGGAAACAUUUUGCAUUCAAGACAAGAGACAAUCAUUCAAAACAGACACGUUAAACGCAGAACUAAAGCUUUUUAUAUUUUCCACUUUGUCGUUUCUGUUAUACUUAACUCAGCCUUUAGAAUCGGUUCAUGUUUUACGUCGGAUGUCCACCCAACAGCCCUCUGCAUGUACCCGGACUUGGGACCGGGUACAUGCAGCUGCUUUUGCCCCGGGAUUCAUUGAUACUUAAGGAUUCUUAAUGAGCUGAAUCUGUGUUGGUAAGGUAUAAAUAUGUGAUUAGAAGCCAUGAACCGGAUAAUGAUGAUGGGUGUAAUAAAAUGGUUACGGUAGAACAGGGGUGGGAUUAUAUACGUUCACUUCCUUCCCCUCCCUUCAGUGAACCUGAAACCAGCUGAAGACCAGAGGAGACGGGAAGCAGGUGAGUGUCCAUCCCUGUCUGGGGGGGUGUCUCUGCUCUGGCUCAGGUGGAUGCAGCAGCAGCUAUGAUUCAAUCCUCUGUUUUGCUGACGAUGGACUUAACCUGGUUAGCAGCUAAUCCUGGUCAGGGCCACAUUAGCAGCUUUACAAUGCAGCUGCCGCAGUAUCCAGAACCAGAGUGCUGGUUCUGAUCCACCUUUGAGAAAACUGUUCCACCAAACCCUCCAUGUUCCCCUUUCCAAGCUUUUGGAAUUGACUUCAAAAGAAGUACAAUUGGGAAUCCUGCCCCCAUUUCCCAGUGGAAACUGGGGCACGCCACGCCAACGGUCCCACCAGCAACUCAGAGGUGAAUUUCUAAUCAACUCCUGCUGCUCUGCAGAAACUAUGUCCUAGAAAAAGACAGAUUUGUGGAGUUUAGCUGAAAACGGCAUCAUCAUCAUUGAAAGCCCACUGUGAACACUUUGAAACUAGAUCGGAGAGGGAGAGAGUGUAAAAAAGACAGUUCUACGUAUUUCCAGCAGCUGAUUCAAAAUAUUCAAAUUCUUGUCUUCUUUAUCUUUAGGCAGUUUAGCAUUAGUUUUUUAGAUUAUCUGCGUUUUCAGUUUUUAUUUAAGUUGUUGUGGUUUGGGUUCUGUUUGUGUGGUAUUCUACUUCCUGUCUUAUUUUGAAGGUUUCUUAGUUGGAGUUUGCCUUCCCUUGUCCCUGAUGGUUUUCACCUGUGUCUCAUCAGUCCUGUUUGCAUAUCCUGCAUGUCUUGUCUCUGCCUUCCUGUGUGCUGCUCCAUUCUGUCUUCUACCUUGUCUGCCUGUUUGGAUUUCCAGUUUCCCUGCUUGGCAGCGCCUCCCUUGGUUUUUGGAACUCCCUGUCUCUGCAUUUGGGUCCUGCACCAACCCCUCAACAGAACAUAUUUGUUCAGCUUCUUCACUGCACCCAUCAGCAAUCAUCAAGCGGCUCAGAGGUGGAGGUGGUUCCUCCGUCAUCACCGACGGCCCCAGCAUCCCGUCUCAGCGGUUUGGACCUGCAGAGGUUCCUCCCCCGGCUCUCCUCCUCUGUAAUCCUGUUAGCCCGGUAAUCCUUCCCCAGCACUCAGAUCGCCACUGGACGUCUUCCCCGCAGCUCUGUGGGAUGCUGCUGGACCCAGACUGAGCGACUCAGGAUGUUAAACUGGGUUGUCAAAGUCGUACCCCAACCACCUGAGCCGCCGUCCAAAAUCGCAGAGGGUCCGAAGGGCGGCAAACAAAGUGCUGCCCCCCCUGUCGCCGAAGCUCCGCCUCCUCCUCCUCAGGAGAAGAAAGUGAAGUUUCAAGAUGAAUGCAAAAACGAAGCUUCAAAGGCUGAGAAUUCAAAGCAGGAGAACCAAGCAGCGGCAGGAAACGGUCCUGCGCCUGGCGUGCUGACCUGGAUCAGCAGCUCUCUUCCACAUCCUGCAGCCUCACCAAGCCUGAACAGAGCAAUCCCCGCCCACUCCACCAAGGAGGAGACUGCAGCGCUCAGUAGACCUGAAGAAGAAAAGGGGAUGAUGGCCUGGAUCUCUCAGGGCUUGGAGAAGGUCGUUCCUCAGCCUGAGCUGAAGAGCAAAGAGCCCACGGCAGCGGAGCAGCCUCAGGUGCGUCAGACAGCGCCUCCUGCAGAAUCUCAGGUCACAGCGAAGGAGGCGGAGACAGACCAAAGUGAGAAGUUAGGCCCGCCCAGGAUGAUGGAGUGGAUCAAACAUGGAAUCGAGAAGGUGGUUCCUCAUCCGGAGAGUCACUGCAAGACGGAGACCAACGAGAAAACUGAAGCUAAAGUGAUAAAAGUUCCUGCUUCGGCUCCAAAACCUCCCUCAGAGACAGAGCUCACCAAUGAAGCAGAGCAGCAGCCAAAUAUGAUGGGCUGGAUCGUCAGUGGGAUCGGCCGCAUGCUGCCUCAGCCAGUCCUGAAGCCGGACGCAGGAAGUGACGAGGUGCAGACGAUCAGCAUCAUUCAGAAGAACACAGACCUGCUGCUCGAGGACGUGGAAGAAGAUGAAGCCAAGAAGGGGAAAGAAGAGCCCAAACCGAGAAGCAAUCAGCCGCCGUCCAAAAAGAUGGACGAUGCAGAGACGCAGGUGGAUCAGCUGACUCCUCUGGUGGACAGCAUCAAGAGAGAAGCUGGGGAGGUGGUCCUCGCUCAUAUGGAGGAGAGGCUGCAGCAGGAGCGUCUGGAGGCAGCUCGAGUUGCAGAGGAGAUGGCCAGGAAAGCAGCUGAAGAGGCCGUUCGACAGCUGGAAGUCGAGCAAUCGGCAAAGAUUGUCAUUGAAACACUUCCAGAGCCCAAUGACCAGUUGCCCAACAUCCUGGAGGAAGACAAUGAAGAUGAACCAGAGCUUCAAAACCUGCAGGAGGACAGUGAAGGAAGCCAAAACAAAAAUUCAGAGGAAAAUAAAAUUCAGGAGGAGGAUAAAAUCAUGGAUCUAUGCUUGGUGGACAUCUGCCCGGCUGAUGAUGAUGGUAGAGCUCUGACUCAGGCGCAUAAGGCAGGAUGUGCCCCGCCCACUGAAGCAGAAGACCAAGUCGCCCCUUCCUCUACAGAUGUGGAGCCAGCAUCUGAAAGCAGAGACCUCGAGAGUCCCGUCACCCAACAGCCAGAGCCCCAGCCUGCAGAAGCCCCUCCCUCUACCACUGAGAAGAUCAGCGCAGCAGAGCCUGCAGAACAAGCUGGAUGUGGAGAGAGCUGCAGCAAAGGUGUGGCUGAGGCUCCGCUGCUCACAGUGGAAGAUGUGGAUCAGAAAGUGGUGAAUGGACGCACCCUGAACAUCCCCCAAAUUAUCACCACGCCAGAGCCGGAAGCAGACACCCUGGCAAUCCCAGAAUACAGCAGCAUGGCCGACCCAUCCACAGACGAGGAAGACGAGGAGCUGCUGAAGGUCGGCCUGAAGGCCUGGUCCACUCAGGGAGAGCUGCUGGCGGCAGACGAAGAGAUGCGACCUCAGUCCGCCACCAGCAUCGGCAGCGUGGUGGUGCAGGAGCGUCUCAACGAGCUCGUCUCUCUCUUCAAAGGUCGGACAGAGCGGCAGAAAGACCGCCUGUUGGACCCGGACGAAUCCGAGGAGGAGAGUCCAACCGCCUCUCCAGCAAAAGCACCUCCUGCUCCUCCUCCACCUCCUCCCCCAGGAGAGGGGAAGAAGGAAGACACCUCGGCAGCAGCAGAGGAAGAGGAGGUGGAACCAUUCCAGUUUGAAAUUUUGGGACAUCCCUUGAAACUCCCCCAACUUCCCAAACUUCCCCCGAUGCCAGACUGGCUGAGAGCCAUCCUGGACUACCGCUUCCCGUCCAGCAUCGACCCAUUCACCGAUCUGAUCUACGUGAUCUGGCUCUUCUGCGUGGUGGCAGCCUGGAACUGGAACGUGUGGUUGAUCCCUGUCCGGUGGGCGUUUCCCUACCAGACAUCGGAGAAUAUCCAUCUGUGGCUGCUGGCCGACUACACCUGCGACUUCAUCUACAUCCUGGACAUGGUCAUUUUCCAGCCGAGGCUGCAGUUUGUCCGUGGAGGAGACAUCGUGUGCGACAAAAAAGACAUGAGAGAAAACUACAUGACUACUGAGAGGUUCAAGAUGGACGUCAUCAGUCUGUUCCCCAUGGAGAUCUUUUACGUCUUCACCGGCGUGAACUCUCUGCUGCGGUUCCCACGUCUGCUGAAGUACAUGGUCUUCUUUGAGUUCAACGACAGGAUGGAGGCAGUGAUGAAGAAGGCGUACAUCUACAGAGUGAUUCGGACCUCCACCUACCUGCUGUACUCGCUGCACAUCAACGCCUGCCUUUUCUACUGGGGCUCCGACUAUGAAGGACUGGGCUCCACCAAGUGGGUCUACGACGGAAAAGGAAACGCUUACAUCCGCUGUUACUACUUCGCUGUGAAGACCCUGAUCACCAUCGGAGGUCUGCCUGACCCCACCACCGUCUUUGAGAUCUGCUUCCAGCUCAUCAACUAUUUUGUUGGGGUCUUCGCGUUCUCCAUCAUGAUUGGUCAGAUGAGGGAUGUUGUAGGAGCGGCAACAGCUGGCGAGAACUACUACCGGGCCUGCAUGGACAGCACCGUCAAGUACAUGAACUCCUACAACAUUCCCAGAGAAGUCCAGAACCGGAUCAAGACCUGGUACGACUACACCUGGAAAAGUCAGGGCAUGCUGGAUGAGCAGGAGCUGCUGGUGCAGCUUCCGGCCAAGAUGAGGCUGGACAUCGCCGUGGACGUCAACUACUCCAUCGUCAGCAAAGUCGCCUUGUUUCAGGGCUGUGACAGGCAGAUGGUGUUCGACCUGCUCACGCGGCUGAAGUCCGUGGUCUACCUGCCCGGAGACUUCGUCUGUAAGAAGGGGGAGAUCGGCAGGGAGAUGUACAUCAUCAAGCAGGGGGAGGUGCAAGUAGUGGGCGGCCCCGACCUGCAGACGGUGUUCGUCACCAUCCGGGCCGGAUCCGUGUUCGGGGAGAUCAGCCUGCUGGCUGGGGGCGGAGGAAACCGGCGUACCGCCAACGUGAAGGCGCAUGGAUUUGCCAAUCUGUUCAUCCUGGAUAAGAAGGACCUGGCAGAGAUCCUGGUUCAUUACCCCGAGUCACAGAAACUUCUGCGCAAAAAGGCCAAGACGAUGCUGACCAAGGACAAGAAGCCAGAGGAGAAAAGGCCCAGCAAAGCCACGGUAGAGGUCAUCCCCCCCCGACCGGACACCCCCAAACUGUUCAAAGCAGCUCUGAAGGUGACGGAGCAGGCGGGCAUAGAGGGAACCUUUGCCAAGCUGAAGAAAGCCUACAGAGCAUCUGAGAGCGCCGGUGAACACGCAGAGGACCGUACCUCUGUCUCUCCGCUGCCGCCCCCGUCUCCGAUGCAUCGACGGUCUCCAAUUCCUCGGAGUUGCCCACGAGAGGAUGGAGACGAUUCUGUGGCCGAAACGGCCGACAGCUCUGUCAUCAUCAGGAUGACGCCUCGCCGGGAAGGCGAGGAGCUUCUUACAGUGGAGGUGGCUCCGAAAGAAGGAGAGAAAGAGGAGAAAACAGAGAAGUGAACAUUUAAAAACCAGUCCUCUUAAGGAUAAGUGACGAAAGGAUGAAGCACUCCUUGCUUCUGAGAUGAUUGUGAGCAGAUUCCUGAAAUGAUUAGCUUGCUUAAGAAGCAGUAACGGUUUUCUUAACGCUUUCUGCGUAACAUGAAGGCCGGCAGAUUGACUUAGCAGGCUAAUGCUAGUUUGUCCUAUUUCUCGAUUGAUCUAAGACAAAAUAAGAAGCAUGCUAACCCUAAUGCUAGCAUGCUGUUACACCAAGGAAUAUUUUCUGGACAUACUGCACAUCAGCUUUAGGGAUGGGUACCAUUUAGAUUUGAACCUGAAUUUGUACCUAUAAAACGGUUCAGAUGCUUCAAAAACACCCGUCUAUUUAUUUCCAUUGACAUUUAGUUGUGAUGGAGCAGGGUGACAGGGUAAAAGAGAGUGCUUGAAUGUGUCUCACACGUUUUAUUUCCUUCUUUCGGACAUUCUCCUCUGCAGCGCUGCCACUCUGUUUUCCCACACGCUAAAGUAAACGCGGAUUUUACCGCUCAUCGCCAUGGCGACUGUCUUUUUUCAGAGCCUUGUACAUGUCGCCUGGACCCAUCUGGUCUCUAAAUUAGCUUCUUUUGCUGUAAAGUUCAGACAAACUGUCUCUUCAACGUUUUGUCUUAAGCUACGCCCACUCUCACAGUCUGACCCAUUCUUAUGACCCCUCCCACAAGGUCACAGGUGAAAUGAUUGGCUAGAAUUGAAAAGCAAAACUGAGCAGAAUCAAAGCGAUUGACAGAAACUGCAUUUCUAUACAGGACCGUAGAACCACUGUACCCGUACCCAUCCCUAAUCAGCAUGUUACUGCCGUUGCUAUGGAAACUCUACUAUGGAAGAAAAGUGUUAUUUUAAUGAUCCAAUUAAAAAAAAA